AUGGGCGAAUUGGAGGUGAAGAGUGCGGAUAAUGAUCCGUUAGGCGUUGAGUUUGCGUCGAGCUGCAGAACGGGUCGGAGGAAUGCACUAGCGAUUGUCGAGGUUGAGGGUAUCGAUCCCGAGACUAUUAAGCUUGCUGAAAGACUGUCGAAUAUUAGCGCUCAUGAUAAGGACGAUCAACACAACACGCCCAGCUCAUCAAGUUUAUCCGAUGGCACAAGUUGGUCAUUUCGUUUAUUUUAUCAGUGA